GCUCUGGAGGCGGAGGCAGGCAGAUCUUUGUGAGUUCAAGACCAGCCUGGUCUCCAGAGCGAGUUCCAGGACAGCCAGGGUUACAGGCAGAGAAACCAAACAAACAAAAGAGGAGGGACAAAAUGGGAGCGGCUCAUAGGAACAGAAAUUAUACAAGUCGGAGAGCCUCGGUCUGCCUGUCCUGGGAAUCCAACAGCUGAACACCUCUGCCUGCCUCGGAGCCUCUGUCUGCCUGUCCAGGGAAUCCAACAGCUGAACACUUCUGCCUGCCUCCUUCGAACCACCAGAAGGAAGCAGAUCACCUUACAACUUGGUGCCGAGAUGCUGGCUGCCCGUCUCUCCAGACCCCUGUCACGCCUCCCAGGAAAAGCCCUAAGUGUCUGCGACAGAGAAAAUGGGACAAGACACACGCUGUUGUUUUACCCAGCAUCCUUCAGCCCUGAUGCCCGUCGGACCUACGCCAGCCAGGCAGAUGUGGCUAGAGGCAAAGCCAUCCUGAUCACAGGCUGUGACUCUGGAUUUGGGUUCUCACUGGCCAAGCAUCUGCACUCAAAAGGUUUCCUUGUAUUUGCUGGCUGCUUAAUGAAGGACAAAGGUGAUGCCGGGGUCAAGGAGCUGGACAGCUUGAAGAGUGACCGACUGAGAACCAUCCAACUCAAUGUCUGCAACAGUGAGGAGAUAGAGAAGGCUGUGGAGACCAUCCGCUCCAGCCUGAAGGAUCCUGAGAAGGGAAUGUGGGGCCUGGUUAACAACGCAGGCAUCUCAACGUUUGGAGAGGUCGAGUUCACCAGCAUGGAGACCUACAAGGAGGUGGCCGAAGUGAACCUCUGGGGAACCGUGCGCACCACAAAAUCCUUCCUUCCCCUCCUCCGAAGAGCCAAAGGCCGAGUCGUUAACAUCAGCAGCAUGCUGGGCCGCAUGGCCAACCCCGCCCGCUCUCCAUACUGUAUUACCAAGUUUGGGGUGGAGGCCUUUUCAGACUGCCUGCGCUACGAGAUGCACCCUCUGGGUGUGAAGGUCAGCGUGGUGGAGCCGGGCAACUUCAUAGCUGCCACCAGCCUCUACAGCCCUGAGCGUAUCCAGGCCAUCGCCAAGAAGAUGUGGGACGAGCUGCCCGAGGUCGUCCGCAGAGACUAUGGCAAGAAGUACUUCGACGAGAAGAUCGCCAAGAUGGAGACCUACUGCAACAGCGGUUCCACAGACACGUCCUCUGUCAUCGACGCCGUCACACACGCCCUGACCGCUGCCACCCCUUACACCCGCUAUCACCCCAUGGACUACUACUGGUGGCUGCGGAUGCAGAUCAUGACCCAUUUCCCCGGAGCCAUCUCUGACAGGAUCUACAUACACUGAGGAGCUGAAGAGGUCCCUGCGGCCUCUGCCAGGGAGCCCACUGGGAGACAGAAGGAUGAGGGAGGAGUUUAUACAGUUACCUUUCGUUUAGCCGCUGUGGGGUAGCCACCGUCUUAGGAAGACCUAUUGUAACCUUACGUGUUUGAUGUGGUGAAUGGUUUGGGCCUGUAGGUGGGUGGCCCAAAACCUCAGGGCCAAUACGGUGCUUCUAUCUCUCUCGAGUUGAUUUUAUAUAAAGAUUUGUGGGGAAAUAUCUUUAUAUUAAAGACAGAUUAUUAGAAUAGAAUCCAAAAUCACUUUCAAGCCAAAACAUCCAUUCAAAAUAUGUCUCUCAUUUGAUCCUUAAGCAAGUCUCAUGAGUAAACAGGAUUUUUUCUUCUUGUGUGCAUGAAAGAAUUUGCAGAUCACAGAGGACUUACGAGAUACCUCUUUCAUUGCAUCCCUUAAGGGGUCCCACUAGUGUUCUUCUGGAAAAAACAAAUCACACUUGUGUUCUACAGACACUUGAACCCAUCAAUCCAAGAACCCUCUGACCAACUCUCUACCUUCCCCUGAGUCAGUCACACCAGAGGUCACUGUGUGUUGUGUCUCUGCACGUCCACGGCCCUGUGCGACUGGUGGCCCCCGGCCAGUGACUCUCAGCUAGCUCAGGGUAGGGGAUCUAGAGAUUUUUCAGCCGAGGUGUCGACACUCUCUUUAAAGACUCAGGUUAGAUCUGGUGGAGAUGCUGUCUGGCUGAGGGUGUAGCUUGGUUUUGCCUAGGACAGGAUUGGUGCUACACUAGGUGCUACAGACACACCAGUGGUGCCGAGGCUGGACCGAGACACUGUCCCAGCAAUGGGUCUAGAUGCCUGAUUGUCUUGUGUGCUCAUGUGGUGCUUCCACAUGCGAGCAUGAGCAUGCACGCACGCGCACACACACAUACACACACACAUACACGCACACACCUGCUCCACAGGACUUCAGGACGGUCACCUCUUUUUCGUAUUAGGAACUUCUUAAGAUGAGAUGCUGCUAGAGUGCCUGUGUUGCCAAUCAAGGAGACUUUGAAUUUGAAGGCUACUUGUCCCUGAAGUUUCCCAAACCAAAUGCCACCGUGUUCCAGGUGGCAGCAAGUCUUGGGCAGGGUACUUAAGUGCCAGCUUUACACGUCGUAGCUUUACACGCUAGUGUAACCUUGGUGCAAAGUCUAGGACUGCCACUAGAGGGAGCCCUGCCUCCUCAGCUAGAGCCUGCUCGGGCUCGGGAGUUUUGGUUCACACAAGCUUGAGGUCUUUCCCAGCUGUUGUUUGACCACCUACUUGGACACUGUCUGGGAACAAAGAGAGAAGCAAAGCCCCCCUUGGAAACUGGUCCUGCACUCUUAGCAGCUGUCUAGCCUGACAGUGGAGCCCAGAGCCAGGAGAAGGCAAAGGAACCCGGACAGCCACAGCAGGGUGCGGGCGGUGCUGAGGCAGAGGGCGUCCUACGGAGCAGAUUCAGCCUGCCUUUGGGCAUUUUGACUCCACUGUAUACAAAAGAGGUGCACUGUUUUAACUCCUGUCCUCAGAGCAAGGCAGACAGGGCCUGGGAGGGAAGGAGAGAGGGACCCGGGGGACCCCAGAGGGACUCCUGAUGAGGAGUUUACCUGACAGCUGAUGUGUUUGUUUGUACUGCAGAGCCUGGCUCCCGCUGGAGUCUUUCCAGUGGCACUUUACACCCUGGGAGAAUUUGUAUUCAUGUGUAAUAAAGAGAUUGGUCAGAACA